UUGACCCAGCGCCGUGAAACAGUGGUUACAGUGCUUGUUGCGUCACUCGAGGAUAUCGGGUUCGAGGCUCGAUGCCGCUACCGUUUUAUCCUGUAUUAGAAACUGAAACAUUCAUAUUGUGAUUAACGUUGGGUUUGGUUGGCAGUUGUUGAAUAUAAAACUUCUAACUCAUUUUAACAUUAGCUUUGUUGCCAAAAGUAGCAUAUGAACAUCGAGCAACACAUUAAUAUUGAAACUCCCCGAAAACACUGUUUCUAUGAAAAUUAACAUUUUGGCGGGAAAAUAAGCUUCACGAAAUUUUCCCGAAAUUUUAAAAAAAAUUGUUUUAUGUAUCUAGACUUUAAUUGUUUUUAAAGUUUGUAAACUAGUGGUUUGAAAUGUUUUUCACCCACGAUGUUCUCGUUAACACCGGUGGAAAGUUCGCCACUAUAUGGCUUGCAGCGAUGAUGAAAGGGAAGAUUAAGAAAAAAGAUUAUUUGUCGGUUCAACUGGAGGAAACCUGCAACGAACUUCUUAAACAUUUCAAGCCAAGAUCGGAUGGCAGGAUGGGAUCGGUUAAGGGGUUUUCCCUCCGAUUAUCCGCACAGCUAGUAUAUGGGGUGAUGGUUGUUUACAACAUGAAGGUUGCCACUUUGUACAGCGACGUGCAACACUCGUUGCAAAUCCUCCGUCGGUUUCGAAUGACCCCAAUUUACCCCGCCCCAACCUCCGAUGACACUCCCGGCCCCGCUCCCCAGCGAGCCCCAGCACCCCUACCAUCGGACGAGGCCCCCUAUAUUGAAGUUCCCCUCACAGUAGAUCCGUUGUAUGGUGGAAUAUCAUCAGGUUUCCUUGGAGGAAUGGAAGGAGAUAUGAUGGUUGGAACAUCUGGAGGAAGCCCUCAACAAAUGGAUUCUGCUUUGAUUGACGAUCGGUUUGUUGUGAGAGAUAUUGCGUCGAUAACAUUACAGGAGCAACCACCACAUAUAGCAGAUGACCCGAUGUUGUUCGAUGAUUUCCACAACGUCAACAUCGAUGGUUUGUUCACAUCAGAUGAUCUCGAGUUAUUUCCAUCGUUUGAUGCUCGUGCCAACGUAACCACUCCAACCACCAGACAACAUGUUUCGACGCCAAGAAGACCAGUGAAGGCACCAGAACGAACAAACAAUGAAGAUCAAUCGAUUCUCGCUGCUCCUCUGCUCCAAGAUGCUCCUGAACAAACAGUGGAUGCUCCUAGACAAUCGGUUUCUGCUCCUGAACAAUCGGUGGAUGCUCCUAGACAAUCAGUGGAUGCUCUUGAACAAUCAGUGGAUGCUCCUGAACAAUUGAUUGAUGCUCCUCUGCUCCAAGAUGCUCAUGAACAAUUAAUUCCUCCUUUUGAACAAUUGGUGCCUGACCAGAUAAUUGAGGACCAAACUAUUCCAGGAUUUGAACCACAAGCUGAUACAUCACGUGCUGAAGCCACAUCUUCUGAUCAGGCGACAUCUAGUGCUCACUCACCUAUCGUGCUUGACCCUGUUGAACCCAGGGUGGUUUCCCCAAGGAGAGAACGAACACGGAACACGCGUGUCAUCAUUGAUAGGGUGGUUGCUAUCCCUUCUAAUUUACUAAGGGAUAAUUUAAGAGGGGGAGUUAUUAGUAGGGAGGAGUUUGAUGACAGAGCUCGGGUCCAAGCUACCUUCCCCCCACCCCUGCCCACAGCCACACAAUUAUCACAACACGCAUGUAAAACUUGGAUUCCACCUACAAGACAACAUCUAUUCAUGCCUCGUAGAUUUUGUCGUCAAUAUUUCGAUAAAGUGCGAAACGUGGCUGAUGUUUUGUUUGAAGAGACGAUUCUAGGGAUGCAGGAUUCUCAGUUAAGGGGGAUCCCCGUGCAGGUGGAUGAAUCUGUUGAAGCGCCGAGAGUUCCCGACACAACACUACUUGGUGAUGAUGGUUUGAAUGAAUCGGAAAGAUCCAAUUGGUUGCAGACCUCGGCACAAGAUGCAACAAUGAACCAACUUCCAGGGGAAAAUAUUUCUGAUGUUUUCCAGUUGGAACCGGAGAUGCAACAAACUUCUGACCCAGUGGAUCAAUCUGUUCCAAGUGUUGACCCCAUAUUUAGUUUGGAUCAUGGUGCCCCUAUAGAUCCUGUUCUGCGUACUUCAUCGAAAGAACGAACGAUGAGGUUGAUCACAAGUGCAGGGGAAGGAGUGAUUAGUUUCGAAACGAUCGCUCCACCAUUCAUUACUAUUAGACGACAAGCUGUCAGGAUAUUUUCCGAUGUUCUCCGGUUGUCCAAAGAAGGCAAGUUAUUGCUCCAACAAGAUGAAGCUUAUUCUGACUUUAGUAUAUCAGUUGUAGCGACAGGUUUCGGGAGUGAUACUUAAACAUAUCGUGGUUGUUGUCGAGAGUUUUAAAUUCAGUUUUUUGUUUUUAGAUUAUUGUUUUUUAUUUUUUCAGAAUAUUUAUUUUGUUCUUUGUUUUACCAAAUCAUUGAAAAUAAAUGAAAGUUUUUUAUGUUUUAAGAAAGAUUUUCGAACAAUAACUAUUACAAGGUUGGUAAUGCAUUGUGACAAAAAUUAUGGUUGAAGAUUAAAGCUGUAUGUCUAGGCUUCUGUAGAUUGUUGGUUUAUGUGUAUAAGUUGAUUCAUACACCUCAUGCUCACUGUUGGCUUACCUCAGCUGUUUGGUGUGCCCUGUAAGCAAUCAUAAAACCAGGGCUUACAACAUGGGAAACCCAU